UUCACGACUAAAGGCAAUUCAUUUUGUUACAGUUGAGGGGAGAAACGCAUCACCUAUUGCAGUUGGCGCCAUUUGCCGAUGCGGCAAAGCUCGAUCACAUUGUCGACGGAGAAAUUUCUGUGAGAUUUGAUCCAUUGAAUAAUCUAUCAUCAUUGUAUUCAGUGAGCUGAGAUUGGUGGCGGUUCGCCUAAGCUGCUCCGGUAGAUCAAUGAAAUUCUCAGUUUCCUGUAUACAAGAGCCCUAAACAAUGGAGGACCAAAGGCUGUUGGAGAGAGAGAGGCACCAGAUCGAGCAGAUUCUUCAGCUUGAUAAUGAGGAGUUGCAAGUUGAGGAAGUUGACUACCUCCACGACUCCGAUGAUGACGGUGAUGCUAUUAGUAAUGGUCAUGGUGGUACUGAGGCCUUUGCUGAAUUUACUUUCAAUUCCUAUUUGGCAUCUUUGCACACAUAUCUUGGUGAGGUUGAGGAUGCUCAUCACAGAAUGGCUUUCUUGGAUGGUGGUGCCAUCUUGAACCUCCCUGUAUUUUAUCUUGAAGGUGUUGUAUUGUUCCCAGAAGCUACUCUACCUCUCAGGGUGAUACAAUCAAAUUUUAUUGCUGCCAUUGAGAGAGUAUUGACUCACUUUGACACUCCUAAUACCAUAGGUGUGGUUCAUGUCUCAGUGGAUUCUGAUAAUGAAAGACUACGUUUUGCGAAUGUUGGGACAACUGCAGAGAUUCGGCAGUUUCGAAGGUUGGAGGAUGGUUCACUUAAUGUUCUUGCUAGAGGGAAGCAACGUUUUCGUCUUAGACGCCGUUGGAUUGAUGUUGAAGGAGUGCCAUGUGGAGAAGUUCAAAUUAUCCAGGAAGAUUUGCCAUUAAGGACCCCACGGGAUGCUUUUGGAGACUUGGCUCCACGGAGUACUGUUCAGCGGCACAGUCUCUCAUGUGCAUUGGCUUCAUAUACUUCUUGCUCUAGAUCAUUUACGUCCAGGGAUGAGGAUGAUUCUGCCUCUAAUUCAGAAGAAAGCUUUGAACGUGAGCUUUCAUUGAGAGAGAGGAAAAUCCACCAAGCAGCAAUUGAUUCCAGUGAAUCUUGUAGCGAUGAGGAGAUAUCUGGGUCAGAGGCAGAACACCAACAUGCAAUGUCACAUCUAAAUGACUCUGAUUCCGUAGGGUCAAUGCAUUCUGACUGUGAGAAGGAAAAUGAGAAACCUGCCUCUGACAUAGGAAAAAGUUCCACAUCAGCUAGGGAAUCUAGCGAGAGGAAAGAACUCAAAAGAUGUCAAAGAAACUCAAGUUUUAAUCUGAUGCACAGGGCUUCAAAAGCAUUUUGGCCAUAUUGGGUUUAUUCUAUGUAUGAUUCAUAUUGUCUUGCUCAAAAAGCAGCAGCUAUGUGGAAGCAGAUAGUGGGGGUACCGAACAUGGAUGGUUUUGUGAAGAAUCCAGACAUCUUAUCCUUCUAUAUUGCUAGUAAGAUUCCAGUUUCUGAAUCUACUAGACAGGAGCUCUUGGAGAUUGAUGGAAUUUCAUAUAGAUUGCGUCGGGAAAUUGAGUUACUCAAGUCUAUUGAUAUCAUCCAAUGUAAAAAUUGCAAGACAGUUAUAGCCAAACGCAGUGAUAUGUUGGUGAUGUCUACUGAAGGUCCACUCGGUGCUUAUGUGAACCCACAUGGUUAUGUGCAUGAAAUAAUGACUCUUUAUAGAGCAAAUGGCUUAGCACUUAGAGGACGAGCUGAGACAGAAUACAGUUGGUUCCCUGGGUACGCGUGGACGAUCUCAAUCUGUGCAACUUGUGAAACUCAAUUAGGAUGGCUUUUUACUGCCACAAAUAGGAAUCUGAAACCCAGAUCGUUUUGGGGAAUACGAAGCUCCCAGUUAGCUGAUGUCACGCGUUAAUGUGUCGACUUUGGUUAGCAUUUAAAAAAAAAAAAGAAAAGAAAAAUCCUUCUUACGAGUCUGUAGAGAGUGUUCAUGAAAACUUUGCUUCUUUAGAUGAGUGCUUCUGUUGCAAUAGCUUUUAAGAGUUCACGCGAGCAACUGCUCUGCCUCUCCAAUCUAUGUAGACUAUAUUCAUGUGCGACAUGUAAUCUAAUAAAACAGUUUAUUGUAGCAUGAGAAA